GACCACAAAGGGACGGAGGAUGGAAGCAGCAGGCGGCGGUGUGAUGACAAACUAAAGCAUCAGCUGAUCAUCCGUAACAAAGAGGAAUCAUCUUCUACCUGCCUCCCUCAUGCUAAUAAAGAAAAGGCAAUGGAACAGUCCACUGAUGAAGCUUCCAGGAAGGAGGAGCAAGAAUACACAGCCAGUACAGAGGAGAAGCAGCCUUCCAGUUUGCUCUCAGAUCAAGCUCUUCCAGACUCGCCCCCUCCCAGUCCUCUCUGCCAGUCUGCACCCUUACUGCAGCGCCAAGACUCUGGGCCUCAAGGCAUCAAGGGAAUCCUGAAGAAAAGCCGCUCCACCAGUGUGGAGUCGGACCACAGCGACGGCUCUAUGCCUGUGCGCUUGCCUUCCCGUCAAACCAGCAUUACCUUGAGCCACCCUGAGAGUGAAGACGAGGAAGAGGAAGAGAUGGAGGAAGAAGUCAGCAGGGAAAGUGACAUAGACGAUGAGUCCUUACACAAUGACACCAUAGAUGGUGGGAGUUUCAGCACGGGCAGAGGACAGAGGCACAGCAGCAGCAGCAGCAGCAGUGGGAGUUUUGAGGAGAUGCUAAGUCCUUCGCCUGACGAGAGCUUGGAGAACACCUCAACAAUGUCCGAGGAUGUUGAUGAACUGGAGAGCAGUCUGGACCAGAGUCUGAACUCAUCACUUAAACAAAGAAUAGCUUUGUUGACGCGCGGGGAAAACGAAAAGAAAGACGGACUUAAGAAGCCAAAAUCAACCGAGCAGAACCAGACUUCGCUGGCCGAUCGCUUCAAUCAGCUCCAAGAUUCUGAAAACGCCUGGAAGAAAAAGAAGUCCAACAUCGAUCCGAGUCCAAAGAAGAAGCUGUUGGAGAGGAUGAAGAGCCUGCAGGAUAAGGAGGAGCAGUGGAAGAGUAAAGGCAAAGGAGCAGCCAACGACUCGGUCCAGUUCACCGUGGCUGGACGAAUGGCCAAGAGAGGUCUCGUCUCAACUACAGCGAAGGAAGAGUCGCCUAUUGCCUGUUUGAAGAAGUCUAACGCCACACCUGUGAAACCUCAUGAGGGAAUCUCCAGCAGAAGUGACGUCAAAGUGGAAGGAGAUAAACGUCUCGACAAGCUGGAGUCCUUCUUAGACAAACUUCACAGUAAAGGCAUGUGCAACAACAAGACCUCUACAAUCGAGGUGACGGCCGAGUUGGAAAAGGAAGUGAUGAAGCCGGAUGAUGAGGAGACGUUUGCUAACUUCUACAGAUCCGUCUCCCCUUCUAAACUCCUGGAGUCCAGUAUGGUUUUAACUGAGGAGGACCUCAGUCAACUGGAGGCCGACACACCAAAGCUUACCUCUGCUGUAGCAGAGCACAAGCGAGCGGUGCGACCAGCCAGAAGGAACCAGGGCUCCCGGAACCCUCUGCGGGCUCUUGCUGCUCGAAAUGACAUCCGUCAAGGUUACACCGAACAGAGGCUCAAUGUGGCCUCAGUGGAGACCAAGAGGAUCCAAGUGGAGAGGAUGGCCAAACAUUCCAACUUGGCUGACGUGGCCUUGGCAGGACUCGCCAGCAAGGAGAACUUUCGCAAGGUCAACCUGCGCAGUGUGAAGUCCACAGAUGUUGUGACCAACAACAGUGCGCUGCCUUUUAAUAAACUCAUGCUGAUUCGCAUUAAAGGUCGUAGACACGUCCAGGUGCGCUUGGUGGAGCCGACUGCUCGCUCCCUGAACAGCGGCGACUGUUUUCUCCUCUUGACGCCGAAGCACUGCUUCAUGUGGAGCGGAGAGUUUGCCAACGUCAUAGAAAAAGCAAAGGCGUCGGAGAUGGCAUCGUUCGUUCAGGCCAAGAGAGACCUUGGCUGUAAGGCUCUUCAGGUGACCGUGCUGGAGGAGGGCAUCAACGCCGAGAGCAGAUGGGCCAAAGAGUUCUGGAGCCUGCUCGGAGGAAAGGCCAAAUACAGAGGGGCGGGCGAGCCAGAGGAGGAUGAGCUGUAUGAGAGUGGGGUCCUGGACUCUAAUGGGGUGUUCAGACUUGAGGGGGACAAGCUGGUACCCCAUGAAGAUGCCUGGGCCUCCAUCCCCAGCGUGUCUUUGCUUAAUUCUAAAGAGGUUUUAGUGUUUGACUUUGGCAGCGAAGUGUACGUAUGGCACGGGAAAGACGUGCCCUUGGGAGACAGAAAAGUUGCUGUCAAACUAGGAAAACAGCUCUACAGUGGCAGCUACGACUACAGCAGCUGCAGGAUCAACCCUUUAGACGCCUCCUGCACAAACACAGAAGUGCCGCAACAGGGGGAGGGACGCCCCAGCUGGACUUUGUUUGGCCGACUGUCCGAGCACAAUGAGACGUCCUUGUUCAGAGAAAAGUUCCUGGACUGGGCCGAGAGGAAGAAAGAGGAAACUGCUCAAAUAGAGGAAAUCAAGAGCCCAGACUGCUCCACCCCACGCUCCCCUUUUGACUUGGACCUGCAGCCGUGUGAUGCCAAAGCUCUGUUGGACAACGAACCAAACCCAGUGAAGACUGUCCUGGAGGGGGUGGAUGUCCAGCGGGGUUACGGCUUCGUGAGGACUGAGGACGGCAGGCAGGCAGAAAUGUCCACGGUAGCUGUGGAAGCCUGGCACAUUAAAGAGCAUGGAGAAGAGGAACUGCCUGAGGAAAGCCUCGGCCAGCUGCACGAGGGCGACGCCUACAUCAUCCGCUGGAAAUACUCCAUCACUACGCUUGUUGGGAAGCGGCAGAAACCCGGAGAGCUGAGCGCUGGAGCUCCUGGACGAGAGAGGACGGCUUGUUUCUUCUGGCAGGGCCAUCAGUCCAGCGCCAGCGAGAAAGGAACCUCGGCUCUGAUGACCGUGGAGCUCGGCAGCCACCGGGGCUCACAAAUGUUGGUGAGUCAAGGAAAAGAGCCCCCGUGUUUCCUGCAGCUCUUUCAGGGAGGCUUGGUCAUCCAUAAGGGCAGCAGAGAGGACACUUCCAACAACACAGGCAGCUGGAGGUUGUUCUGUGCUCGCGGUGAAGUCGAGGUGGAGGCCUCGCUGCUGGAGGUGGUGUGCCAGCGGGCCAGUCUGCGUUCUCGUGCCAGUUUGGUGCUGCUGAACCCUCAGAAAGGCCGUCUCUACCUGUGGCACGGAUGUAAAGCACAAGCAGGUGCCAGGCUGGUGGCUAAAAGAGCAGUGGAUAAACUAACACGGAGGUGCCCUUCAGAGUUGGGACUGAAAAGCACUAGCAAGUUGAAAACUGAGGUGGUGGAGGAAGGGUCAGAACCUGCAGAGUUCGAACAGGCGUUAGGGCCGCUGGACAAGAAGGCUUAUGAUUGUAUGCUGCAAGAUCCAGGGAAGUACAACUACACGCCCCGACUGUUCCGGCUGAGUGCCAGCUCUGGCAUUUUUGGAUGGGAGGAGCAGCUGUUCUCUGCCAGGGUGACGGAGGAAGUGAUGGCGAUGCCGUUCCUGCAGGAGAGCCUCUACUCCGCUCAGCAGCCAGCCUUGUUCCUGCUGGACAACCGCAUGGAGGUGUAUCUGUGGCAGGGCUGGCAGCCUGAAGACGCGCAGAGCACCGGAUCUGCAAAGAUACGCUGGGACAACGAGAGGAAGUGCGCCAUGGAGACCGUGCUGCAGUACUGCAAAGAGAAGAAUCCUCGGCGCCCCCCUCUGGCCUAUCUGGUCCUCGCAGGCUUCGAGCCCCUCACCUUCACAAACAUCUUCCCGUACUGGCAGAAGGACACCAGUGUCCCUUCAAAGGCUGCCAGCUCCAAAAACAAGGUGGUCCUGGUGAAAGACGCCCUGUCCAAACUCAGUAAGCAGCAGUACUCCAUCGAGGAGCUGACCAGGAAGCCUCUGCCGGAGGGGGUGGACCCUCUACGCCUGGAGGACUACCUGUCUGAUGAGGACUUCAAGACGCUUUUUGAGAUGAGUCGAGUUGAAUUCAACGCCCUGCCCAACUGGAAGCAGCAGAAUCUGAAGAAGAGCAAGGGUUUGUUUUAAAAAGAAGAACCGUCAUAUU